GCCACAACAUAGAGAGAAAACACACGUGAGAGAGAGGAGUGUUCAGCCAAGCAUCACGUAGCUGAGCCUCUCGGGUGAUCUUGAUUCACUGUCCAUCGUGUACUGCGGUCUUGCUCAGACACGUCUGAUCGCACACGCAGGCUUCACUUUCUUGGAGGUUUUUCUAACCAUCGUGCUCCCUACGGCACCGGGUGAUUGUCCAAUACUUCCUGAUCCAACAUCGAGCCUCGAGUUGCGCCUCCAACAAUCUCACGGACAUACUAUACAACGACGAUCCAUAGAGAGCAAAAGAGAAAGGAAAACCGUGAGCGUGGCAGCCAUAAAAAGGAGACCAGCAGGCAAUCUCCCGCACGUGCUCAUACUAAUAAAUUGAAGCAUUGUUGGGAGAAGGCCUGUCUUGGAAUUUGAAGUCUUCUUUCCACGGCUUGAAGUGUGGAAUUUCAGUGAGUGGGCUUCUCUGGGUCCAAGAGAAUCGUGAACUGGGGGAAGAGCAGCAGCCACCUGCCACUUCAAAUUUUGCCAGAUUGAAGGAAACACUACACUAGUCGUCCACGCUUGUGUAGUGUUGUCCUCUUACGGCCACGACGAGCUGCAAUUGCAGCCAGAUCUUCUUGCUCCGCAACCGAGACCCCACUGACGACGUUCAGCAAAGAUAUCACCACGAGCAAGCCGUGCUCCAUCAUCCGAGAACUCAAGUCCCGUGACGAUUCGCCUGCGAACCGUGAACUACUCUUGGGCUCCUCAUCACGCGGUCUGUGACUUGCGACGACCAGCUGCGAGUUACCCACUGUCUGCAGCGAAUUGCCACCACGAGCCACCGGGCUUAGCACCACGAGGAUCCGAAUUUGGAAGCCAAAAUUUGAAUUAGGUUAAAGACUAUGGCGUGGUCAACGUUGCACAAGCAGCAAAACUCAAGAUGAGGAUGUGCUUUCGUAAUACAAGAUCCUGGAUAUCUGACCCCGCCAUUUAAUAAAAGGUGUGGCUGACCUUUCUCAGCUUCUCCUGCCCGAACUCCAUUGCCUGCUUGUAUUGGGAAGGUGAGGUUGCUCUGUGGGCUCAAGCUAAAUCCUAAGCAGGCAUUUCUUUCAUCUAAAUUCUCUAGUGUUACUCGACAUGAAAACAAUGAAUAUACUAGUCUUCUCCCUGCUCUGCUGCCUCUCUUCAAAGUCCGUUUUGUCGAGCUCCGACCACUACAAUGCAAUCUUCAACUUCGGCGACUCCUAUAGUGACACCGGAAACUUCCUCAUUACUGGGGCACUCGCAUAUCCGGAAAUCAAAAACCUCCCUUAUGGAGAAACUUUCUUCCACCACGCAACUGGUCGAUGCUCAAACGGACGCCUCAUUAUCGAUUUCAUAGCUGAAGCAUUUGGACUGCCAUAUCUUCCACCGUAUCUGGCAGUAGCCGAAGGUCCACCUGUCCGCAUGGGAGUGAACUUCGCAGUUGCUGGUGCCACGGCGAUCGACGCGUCUUUCUUCUCUGCUCAAAAUAUUACCUUGUGGACCAAUGACUCGUUGAAUGUUCAGCUUGGCUGGUUCCAGAGUUUGAAGUCGUCUCUCUGCACCACCAAACAAGAAUGUGAUGAGUACUUUAAGAAGUCUCUGUUUCUGGUGGGGGAGAUAGGUGAAAAUGACUACAACUUUUCCUUUCUCUUUGGUCGAACCAUUGAACAGCUACGCCCUUUAGUACCACAAAUUGUUGGAGCCAUCAUUCGAGCCGUCAGUAUUCUGAUAGAAGAAGGGGCUGUAAAUCUGGUGGUGCCGGGACAAUUGCCGACAGGUUGCAUCUCCUUGUAUCUAACUUUGUUUCAAAGCGCGAAUGAAUCGGCGUAUGAUCCGAAAACCGGGUGUCUCAAAGCUUAUAAUGCUUUAUUCAAGUAUCACAAUAACUACCUCAAGCAAGAAUUGCAAAAACUGAGAGAACAAUACCCUCAUGCAAGAGUAAUGUACGCUGACUAUUAUGGUGCCUCCAUAUCUAUCUAUCGCACUCCAAAACUCUACGGGUUUUACGGAGGGGCCCUAACGGCUUGUUGUGGAGGAGGCGGUCCAUACAACUUCAAUACGUCGGCGUAUUGUGGUCAGCCCGGCUCAACUGUUUGCAAAGAUCCAUCAGCUUUCGUCGAUUGGGAUGGGAUUCACUCGACUGAGUCUGCUUAUCAUUAUAUCGCCAGGGGGUUGAUUGAUGGUGGCUUCAUAUCUCCACCACUCCUAUUUUAAUUUAAUUAUUUACGUUACACCUAAAACGCAGUCAGAUAGUUUGUGUCUAUCACAGUUUACUUACCUAUUACCGGAAUAAUGAAGCUUGGUAUGUUACACAUAUAAACAUAUCGCAAAUAUUCUCACCUACAAAUUUAUCUUCCAACUUCA